AGGCCUGACAUUGAUAUAUAUUAUACAAAUAAUUACGGUGUUCAUAACCAUGCUCAUAUACGCUCUUGUGCCGGUAAGUGUAACACAAGUAACUAUUUUUACCAGAUCUAUAGCUGGAGUGCAUAGUCGUCAAUCGUCAAACUAGAAUGAUGAAAUUGGAUGAAAAAAAUUAGUGGUCAGUGUAUAUUUCAGUACAAAUCUGAAUGAUCGGAGUAUAAAUAAGCCGCUAAAAAAUUUAUGUAGAAAUUAAAACAAAACUACUAUUGCAAAAGUAGGGGAAUUUGACAGAAGAUGGAUGAUUAGUAGCAGCUGCUUACCUUUCGAUGACUGGCAUAUAGAAUAACUGGAAUGGUAAAAGCAUAAGUAUCAGUAAAAAGAUUCAGCAACAUAGUAUUGUUUCAUUGUAAUGAUCGUGGAUAACAGUUAAUUAAAGUCGAUAACACUAGUACGAGGUCUCGCUUGGAGCAUUUUGUCUAACACAAGAAUAGCACCACGGAACUCAUAUAACCGACCAUUUUUCUAAUGAAGUAACUGUUGAAGUUGCGGAUGAGGUAUCCAUGAAGGAGUUUAGGGGGUUUCGGGAUCGGGGUCUGAUUAAGUGGAGAAAAGAGAGAGUGGAUUAAUCUUAUGGAAGUAGUGAUAGCCUUGCUCAUUGUCUUCUACUUUCUUCAGCCAUAAUCUACCAUCUCCACGAUGUUCUUAUAGUUUUACAAUAAUAGUUGCAGAUAUGGGGUAAAAUGGCUAAUUCAUAACAAAGCUGCUUAAAAACUUGCAGUUUGGUCAUGGAGUUGAAAAAACUCUCAAACACAUAACUUUGUUUUAAAAAAAAUUCAAUCGAACGACCGUGCUAACAGAAACUUACACAAAGGUUAAAGUGCCUUUGACUUUUAACGUCUCCGCUAAAAUACCCGUGAACCCGACCCGACCCAAGCUUACACCGACCCGACCCAAGCCUAAUUACAUCUAAAUAUGCAUAAUAAAACUUAAAACACAUUUUAUUACAUAUCUAAGCAGACAGCAGUGCGAUUGAGUGGGAAAGAGGAGGCGACGAUUGAACUGAACUACUCACCGGCGACGAUUUCUCGAUUUCGUGCAUAAUGGAGACUGUUCGAAUUGUGUUGUUUUAUAAUGGUGGGUUUGUUACUCCUAAUUUAACUGGUGUUAGAGAGUAUGUGGGUAGGGAUACAAUGAAAAGGAUUAGGGUUGAUGUUGAGAAAUUGAGUGUGAGCUAUAUAAGAAAUAUGUUUGAUUUUGUCGUUGGAGAAUCUGAUAAGUUAUAUUAUCUGUGUAAUGGUGUUAGUCUAAGGGGUGGGUACAAACUGCUUGUGAGUGAUGAUCAAAUCCCGGAAAUUGUUCAUGUAGCAACAAAAGCCUAUGGUGCUGGGGUCAUUAGGCUACACCUUUAUCAUGUGAAUGGGGAUGGGGAAGAUUAUGAGUUGUGUGAGAAUGAGGCUGCAGAAGAUAUAGGUGAUGAAGCACAAGUCAAAGAUGCAGGAUAAAGCACAAGUCAAAGAUGCAGUUAGGAGCUUUUCUAUUGCAUCUGGGAGGCCACUGAAGUACAGUGUGGAUGACCAACAGAGGAUCCAAGUUGUGUGCAGUAAAGGAUGUCCCUUUAAGAUGUGGUUCUCAUACUUGAAGGAGAAUAAAUGUUGGCAGCUGAAGACAGUUAAUGAUGAGCAUAACUGCAUCUACCAAUACAGAAAUAAGCUUGUGACUGUCAAGUACCUAGCAGAUCUGUAUGGUCCUAGGAUAAGAAGAAAUCCUAGUUGGAAGCUUAAAGAAAUGCAAGAAGAAUUCAGGACAACUUUGAAGGUUGAAGUUGGUGAAGCUAAGUGUUGUAGGGUGAGACAGAGGGCCUUAAGUCAAGUUGAGGAAGAGAUGAAAAAACACUAUGCUUGGGUUAGGAACUUUGGGGGUGAAAUUUUGAGGAGAAAUAAGGACAACACAGUGAAGAUCUGUACAACAAGGGUGAAUGAGGGAGAUGCACCUCAUUUUCAGAGAUUUUAUGUCUGUUAUGACAAGCUGAAAAAGGGUUGGAAGGCUGGAUGUAGACCAAUCAUAGGUCUGGAUGGCUGCUUUCUCAAAUCUGUGUGUGGUGGCCAGCUUCUUUCAGCAGUUGGAAGCGAUGGCAAUGACAGCAUGUUCCCAUUUGCAAUGGUUGUGGUAGAGUCUGAAUCUUAUGAUUCUUGGAGUUGGUUCUUACUCCUAUUGAUUGAAGAUCUAGACUUGGGAGAUGGCACUGGAUAUACACUAAUUUCAGAUCAAC